UUCCUUAAGACAGCCAAACUAAAACAUUUAAGAAAUAUUGCCUUUAAUUUUUCUAACCUUAGUUUGAACGCUUAGAACCAUGUGAACAAAAUACCAUUCCUCAAGCUAAGACUGCAGCUCGUAGUUGUUCAUGUGUUUGUUUCCUGUGCUUUAUUUCCUGCUGGCCCCAGGAAGUCUUCAGCACUCACCUGUAGGAUCGACAGGGCAGGCUGCAAUUGAACGGGCACAAGUGCCAAUGGGAGAUCCCCGGGCCCAAAUGCGAGGUGCUCCUCCUGUGGCAACUGUUGUACCGCCUCGAGGUCUGCUAGGAGAUGGUCCUAAUGAUCCACGUGGAGGAACACUACAUUCUGUCACAGGGGAGGUAGUGGAACCCAGUCGAGCCUUUAUGAAUGCACCGCCUCAUCAGGGACCACAGAUGCACAUAUCCCAUGAUGGCCGUGGUCCCCCUCCUGAUAUGCGUGCUGCACAUGACAUCAGAGGUGCACCAAUGGUAGAGCAACGUGUUCAAAUGGGAGAACCCAGGGGAAUGAUUGUAGAAACCAGAGGAGGACCAAUGAUGGAUCAGCGAGGACCUCCCAUUGAAGCUAGAGGUGUUCGAGAUCCUAGAGCGGGUGAAGCACGAGGAAUUGAUGCCAGGGGUGCUGCACAAGCUCCUAGGGUUCCCAUGGCUGGAGGAAUGCAAGGUCCUGGUCCACAUGCCAUGGGAGCUGGUGUACCUCAGCCGUCUAGACAGACAGGUGCAAUGCCAGUUGGUGGUCAGCCGGGAGGUUUCAGUCCUGCACAGAGCCAAGUGACUCCACAGGAUCACGAAAAGGCUGCUUUGAUCAUGCAAGUUCUUCAGCUUACACCUGAACAGAUUGCUAUGCUACCACCUGAACAAAGACAAAGCAUCCUCAUUUUGAAAGAACAGAUUCAGAAAUCAGCCGGGGCUCCUUGAGCAGCAAGAAGAUGGGAGUACUGGAAUGUAACAUGACAUCUGAAUCCACCCCCUGUCAAGAGGACCCCUAUUCUACUAAACCACCAUUCUAAUGCACCACUGAUCCACUUACAACACCCUCUCUUUUUUGUUUACAUGUUAAUUUUUUUUUUGAUGGAGUGGAACACGGGCCUUACACCGCAAAGGAGUUGCUUUUUGUAUUCGGAGUAUUUUUUUAGUUUGAAACGUAUGUGUGGCCAGCUUUCAUAACAUCU